CAGAGGCGCUUGAAACCCUGAGUUCCAGUUGCCAAGUCGGUUGCGACAAGAGAACUAGAAUGGAAGACUUGUGAAGCCUGAAGUGGCAGCGGCCAGCGACGCAGCGGUAGUGCCAGCAAGUUAGUGUCUGUCACGGAGACGACAAGGGACAUGGACGGAGCGCGGCUGUGAUCGACGUGACACGAGGUGUGAGAGUGGAUGACACUCCACGCAGAGCUGGCAGGCGGAGGAGGAGGACAGCGGCUGCAGCAGACCUGUAGCUGAGUAUUACUAGACACCCUUAGAAGAGCAGAGACAAGACACUUUACUGUGACGAAGAGCGAAACCCAAGACAGUGGACAGAUGGUUAAGAUGCCCCAGCGACAGCGGCACAACACAGGCGGGGGUGCCGGCGGGGCCGAGCUGCCCCUGCUGGACCCUGGCGUGAUCGAGGCCCACAACGCCGUGACCACCACCCGCUGCUGCGUGCCCCUGGCGUGCGGCUGUCUCCGGGGCUACGAGCCCAUCAACCUGGAUUCCCCCACGGGCUGUGUCCGCGUUCAUUGUAACAACGAGCACUGUACGCUGGGCAACCUCAUGCACGGCGAGUGCUUCUCUGCAUGGGAGGCGCACGUGCUGGCCUUUCUUAGGUCAUGCGGCCGUGCUCGAUCCUGGUCUGAGAAGCAACGUCUGCAGAAUUUGUGGACAAAACGCGGGUACGACCUGGCGUACAGGGCGUGCUCCUGCUUAUGUAGCCGCGGACACCUCCGCAAAGACUUAGAUUGGACACCCCCAACAGAAUCAGACGAUGAAAAUAGAACCAGAAAGAAGAAAAAGAACCGUCAGAACCAGAAGCCCACACUGGUGACGGUAGGCACCGGUGCCGCCGUCAAUAACAACAACCCCAUUACCAAUAAUAACAACACAGUUAUCACCACCCUCAAUUCCACUCCGGCCGGCGACGUCCUUGGACAACCGUGCCAACGUCACCGUAACAACUCCAUCUCCUCGACGGGGUCCUCGCCGCCCUCAGACGCGCCCACCAGCCCUCACCACGCUGCCCUUGGCAAGCGCCGAUCCAGAGACUUCUUCUCCGACAGAAGCAGACAUGGUUCGGGGGGAGGGUUGUUCGCGCGGCGGCCCGACUUCAGCAGUUUCAACGCGUUGCCACGACACAAAAUCAACUCUUACCACAUCAAGAUGGAAGAUGACGGCCUCCACGGUAACGACGACACCCGCUGCUUCAUCCUUUCCACCCUGGCAGCCCAGAGAACGUCGAGGACGGCGUGUGUCCUCUGCCAUCAGGCCCUCCUCGUCUUCGACCGCUACCCUCUACUGGAUGGAACUUUCUUCCUCACACCUAUCCAGCACGCCAAAUCUGCCAUUCCUGUUCACGUAGAGGGUCGACAGCAGUACCUGGCGGCGGUGUGCAUGGGUUGCUUGGAAGGUUGGUCAGUCAGUCUCCGGUGCGCCUUCUGCAGUGCCCGCUGGAACGGCUCGGCGCUCAUUCUGGGUACCAUGUACUCCUUUGACAUCUUCGCCGCCAUGCCCUGCUGCGAGAGUAGGUUAAAAUGCAGCAAGUGUGAGGCCGUCGUGAUCCCGCCGGACCAGAGGCUGAGUUUCUUCAGUGACUACAGCAGAACCCACGCGUGUCCCUCCUGCGGCCAUGUUGACCACCACUUUGUCAAGCCCUUAAGUUCCUUCAUCAGAGACGACAGACAGUCUUGGUAGUACCUGCGCAUCCGCCUCCGUCGAGGCAGUGCAGCUCGUGGGAUAAUGGCAGGCGUGAGCUCACCCACAGAACACAACCCUCAAGGUGUCAUCGGAGAAGAGUGUGUAUAGUGAACUAAGAGGCAUCAAGAAGCAAGACAUAGUUAAGUGUCAGUCAUCAGAGAGCAAGUCAUCGUUGAGACAUGGGUUGACCGGAGAGAUGUGGUCGUUUUUAUGAAGCGGUAUUUUGUGGAAAAGUUUUGUUUUUACGUCUUCAAGAAGGUAAUUUGUAGUCGUCGUCGCCAUCGUGUGAAGAGACUCUGAAGUUUGGUUUACAUUCCAGAAGACGUUCUUGAUGUCUGACAUCCAUAAGAGGUGGAAGAGGAAGAGCCCUGAAGAGGUUGCCGACGGACUUGUUUUGAAAAAGAGAUAUUACGAAUAUGCUGAGGUUUAAGGACGCGAGGAGAAGAGUGUGUGGAAGAAGAGGAGGAGUAUUAUGUGAAAGGAGAGGAGCCUCAGCUACUGGAGGGAGGAAGAUCCUCCACAAAAUGUGAAACAUGAACGAUGAGACGAUCUGGAUGUGACGACGAGAAAAAGUAAAUCGGAAAUUCUUUAUGCAUGUCAUAUUUUCGUGUGGGAAGAUGCGUUUGGAUUGAAUCUGUUUGCCUACCAUCAGGGCUGCAACCUACCAGGAACGGAUCCACAGUGUGGUCUUGUGCGAGAAGCUUCAUAGACGUUUGUGGUAGAAAAAAACAUUUAAAAUAAUGCUCAUUUGGGCAAUUUGGUGUUUUUGGUGUGCAGUUGAGGGGAAACAAAUAGACACUGUAAAAAAACAAACUAACCCAUAUGGAUCGGGGAAGUAUCUUUUUGCUUUUUGGGGGGUCCACCAGAAAUUGUGGACGGAUGUAAAUACAUAGAGAUUAGUUGUAUUCUAAUUGUGUGAUCUAUUGUGCUGUCUCCAACUUUACUCCGUAAGUAAGUCUGAAUUUCGAUGUUUCAACGUAGAAAUAGUCAAAGAUUCCUUGCUGACAUAGAUCCAGAGACAAAAACUCAACAACCCCGUUUGAAAUUCACCAAAACAAUGAGAGAGAGAGAAAGAGGAGAGGAAAAAAAAAGUGUGGAUAAGAACGGAUGUUGAGGAGAAAAUAGUUAAGUGUAAAGUUCCAAGUACAGUAUUUUGAAAAAUAAGUAAAGGAAAGAAGGACAGGAGAAAGUGAGAAGUGGAGGAGGGAAGGACAGGAGAAACUGAAAAAAGUGGAUGAAGUAAUGGAUAAGAGGGGAGGAAAGUUGGAGAAAGGACAGUUAAGAAGACUAAGAUAGUGUUUUGGAGGAGACAGAAGUUACUGAAAGGAAGAAAACCAAAAAAAAAAAAAAAGACUUUUUCGGUGUCUUUGUGGAGGAGAAAACCAGAAAUCAUCGGCAGAGAACUGGAGCUAAUGAUGGGAGGCCAAGAGGUAGGAGUGAGGAGAACAGGUGGUGUAAGGAGGGGAGGUUCCUUCCCUGCAAAAACUUCACUUACAUCCUUCCUACUGAGGCGAUAACACCUUCCUCGAGGAGUAGGAAGGAGCAGCCAUGGACAGUGAAUAGGUAGUAAAUUGGGAAAGGUAAUCCAAUGCUCAUAACAAUAUUGAUGUGAGAGGCUGAGAGAGAAGAGUGACCUGGAGAGAGAGGAUGAGAAAGCCAGCGAAGGAUAUCAUCAUUGAGGGCCUGAGCAGGACUCCAUUGCAAGGACUCACCCACCACCAUGUUAGUUCCCUGCAGCCUAAAGGAGAAGGAAUCAGGCCUGCAUCACCACCACCACCACCACCAAGAGGACAUCACUACCACCAACAUCGAAAGUGCUAAUGGACCGCCACCAUCACCACCCAGUGGACCAGUCUGUGUGGUCCACUUUGGCCUCCCAUGGUCCACUGUUUUCUGGCCUCCCGUGGUAUGCUGUUGACCACUGGACCGUUGCAGACCACUCGUGGCUACGGUUCAGCUCCUGGUUCUGUGUGCGUCAUCUCGGCUCCAAGCUGAUGAUAGCAGUAACCUCAUGGAGGGAUAAAUGCCUGUAAGUUAGUUCAAUGUGCACUCUUUUCUUUGUAUUGUAGCUCCUAAUGAAGUAUAUUUCCUCAAAUGACAGUGAAUUCGCUUGUAUGUAGGGAUGAAGAUAAGGACACUUUUUAAAACUCUCCGUAUUGAAUGUGUAAGAUUUUUUACUAGUAGCUUCAUGAUGUACCGUGAGGACGCUUCUGCUCUUGGUCUCUCUGCCUCAAGGGGGAGUCUAAACAAAAGAGAAACAAACAAAUUAUAAUCAAAAACUUUCAUCUGUUUUGUAAAUCUGGUUACGAUUGUGGCUGUAACGAGGGUUGAUUUAUUUAGUUAUUAAUACAGAGAAAGGUUUAAGAGAGGCCGAUCGUAGAAGCGUUCACGCAGUGGCUUCCGUUUAUGCCGAGAAACUGGGGACGCCGCCUAAGAAGUCGGGUGUAGAAAGGUUUCAGUCACUCCUCAGAAUUUCAGAGUCAGUCAGAAUAUUGAGAAGAAUUCCGUCAAGUAUUAUAGUUCAACUUUGGUGAGAAAAAAAAACAGCCUUAUUUAAUAUUCAAAAACUUCUAUACAGUAAAUCUAUGUAUCUUCAGGGAGUCAAUAAUGGUAAGAAUAAGUUCACGUCACCGGAGGUUGACACUUGAAAAGUCUACCAAGAGAAAUUCAGCCGUCAGAGUCAUCCAACCAAAACCAAAUUAGAGGUGGACCCAAUAACUGCUUGUCCCAUAGUGGGUGAAUAAGGUAGAGCUGUGACCAGGAGGUAACUCUUUCCACCAUAACGUGUGUAACACUUGUGGUAUAAAUCCAUCUCGGACUACUUUUGAACAGUUGAAGCUCUUGUGAGUACUUCAGUGGCUAGUGUGUUCAUCACCAUGGCUACUUAAAUAUACACGACGAGAGACUCGCUGCUCAGUGAAUUAAAAAAAAACUGAAGGACGAGCGACCCGGCUGUGUAGUGUGACUAUGAGCUUGGCGCUGAAGACCCAUCCAUCACGUCCCUAAAUAACCAGAGAGAAACGCGGGUUAGUUCAGUCUUCUCUCCCACUGUGUGACUCAGGAUGUUUGUCUUAGGACUGUGGAGACGCCUGUGACAGGACUUGAAGACAGGCUGACCUCGAGUAACCUUCAUGACCUAACUGAUAUCUUUACUGACCUUGUAUGACUUUUCAUUUCUCCUAUCAACGAUAACUUGUGGGAGACCUUUGAUAUGCGUGACGGGAUUAACUUUUUCGAUUUUUUUUCGGAGACUUUGGAGGACUUGUGUGACCUCACCUGACCUGACUUCUUUGGCGCAGACUCCAGCCGUUGUGUGCAUCGCUAGGAUAAGCUAUUUGGGACCUGAUACUUGUGACCAAACCAGCGAUUGUCAGUAUCCAUGUAGGGUCAGCGACUUGUCAACUCGCAAAGCUAUAAUUUGUAUGACGAGGGAGACUUGACGGAGGAAUGAGAGAGAGAGAGAGAAAGAGGUGGAAGGAUCACCUGUGGACAGUAGUGUGAUAAAUAUUGGUGCUUCUUGCUGCCGUCUCGGCAAGUUCCUGACUAUUCCUAGUAGUUAGUAAUCAAGUUUUUCCAAUUAAAAUUGUAUCCUUCUACAACGAUACUGACCAUUCCAAAGAUUAAUCCGAAUUAUAUAAAUAAAUAAUAAAAACGUAUGUAUCAGAUAGCUAAAUUAUUAUCACUAGAUCUUUCAAAAAAAUUAUUAUAUAUUUCUUCAUAGAAAUAUUACUGUCCAUGGAUGAGAGGAGGGGGGACCUGUCCACUGAUGAUCCUCUGCCUUCCCGACUGACCAAAAGGUGACCUCCUUGUUCCUACGUCAACACACCUGAUUUCUCGCACUCUAACUGAGAAGCCUUCACUCAGACGACGUGUUCUGUCUAGCAUAACUCACUUCAUUUCAGUAACUUAAUGGCAAAGUCAAAACAUAUUUAAUAGUAAAAAAACCUUCUCAUUGUGGCCGAGCAUAGAUUCAAGAUGUGGCUUCGAGUUGGGUGUCGAGGAAUCUGGACGAGCAAAUGUUUCAAAUUAUGGUUCUUGUGCAGUGACCAGUGAGGAGAUGAGCAGUUCUACACCUAAAAUAGUUGAUAAAGGUGAAAGGUUCUGGCAGUAGAACAUACUGUAAAUGGAUAAAUAAAGGAGCACAGAAUGUAAUAAAGACAGAUCUUGUUCCAGGAGGAGGAGGAGGAGAAGGAGGAGAAGAGGAGAAGAAAGAGGAGGAGGCGGAGGUGAAGAAUAUGUUUGAAGUGGAGGAAGCAGCAACAUCACUACGCCGUAAACACUCGACUAGGGGGUGGGUGCCUGCUACUCCAAGGCGUCACCAAACCCUCCUUGUGUUUACACUUGAAAAAGUCAGUUUUCAGCAGUUGCUCUUAUAAGGUGUCAAAAAAAUUAUUGUUUGAAGACGAAAAUAAUGUAGAAGAAAAAAGGAACUUCCACCAUGUAUGUGUUUUGGUUACCAACGGUUAGAUUUGCUCUCUCCUCACAAGUCGUGCUCAGCUGUGUUGUGUCGCGAAGCAGAACUGGCUUGCAUUUCAGCUGGGAUAAAACCUGGACAAACACGCCACGAACCUUCAACUCCUCUCUGCGGCCCAAACUUCUUAAGGUCAAACCUAUACGAGAUGUAUAUGGGUCCACAGGGGGCGUGAGUGAGAGUUGCAGUGGUCGUGUGUCCUAGUUGAUCCAUAGCUUGUAUAGGCUACUUUUUAUCGGCUCAAUUGUGAAUAUAGUGUUGGUAUAUCCGUAAGUAGACCAAGAUAAAGGAACACGAGUCACACCUUUGUUUGCUUGGCUAAAUUUGAUAAGUUACUGGAAAAGGAAUAACAUUUCGUCGAAUUAGACUGUGCCUUGCUAUGGAUAAAUUACAAAAAAAAAAUGUGUUGCUUUGUUUAUUCUUUUUUUUCCAAAUUGGCAUGAUUUGUAAUUACAAUAUGAUCAUUCUUGAAAAUAAAUUUACUUUUGUACCCCCAAUUGGCUUUGGUAUUUUUUUGAAUUCCAAAAUGAUUUGUUUAAAAAGAAUCCUCGUCACCUCUUCUCUGUAUGUAAGAAGGAGGGAGACGAUGAUAUAAAACAAUCAAAAUUUUUCACCUUAAAAAAAAAUAAGGUUGAUCCCAAACAAAACAAAACAAGAUUGUUAUUGCAUAUACCACGAUGUAUCUGUGAUGGUUAACAAGCAGAAUGGCAAGCGAGGAAACAACAAUUGUCCAUUAAAAAGAAAAAAGAUAUGUAUAAAAAUAAAAACACAAGAAAAUUUGCAUAUUGGUUGAGAGUGAUAGAACCAGUACGUUAGAUGGAUGAUGGCGGUGGAUUUAGUGAUAUUGAAUGAGACGGAUUAAAAAAACCUAUUGUGGUGAGGUAAAUAGGACCCCCUAAAAAUGGAUAUUAGGUAGGUCAUAGGAAAACUAGGCAGUACAUUAGAAUAGACAAUAGUAAAAAAAAUAGGCAGGAAUUAGGAAGAAAAUGAAGAACAUGUAAAACAUAGGUGAAAGUAUUGCAUUACAAAAACAUUGAAUAAGCAGGGAAGAAUAAAGAGGAAUGUGCAGGUAAAUGAUAACUUAGGAAUCGGUAUAAACUGAUGAAUAACAAUGCGUAAGUAAACCACCCAAAAAAAUAAUAAAAUGAAUAAAUUAUUAGAUUAAUGUAUAAACUGAGUGAAGCAGAAGAUGAAAUAAUAAUCUUAUGUCGAAGUAAUGUUUUGUUGAGUUGAAAAUGGGAUUAGUGAGGUAAAGAAGGUUAAUUAGUGAGGUAAAGAAGGUUAAUUAGUGAGGUAAAGAAGGUUAAUUAGUGAAGUAAAGAAGGUUAAUUUGUGAGGUAAAGAAGGUUAAUUUGUGAAGUAAAGAAGGUUAAUUAGUGAGGUAAAGAAGGUUAAUUAGUGAGGUAAAGAAGGUUAAUUAGUGAGGUAAAGAAGGUUAAUUAGUGAGGUAAAGAAGGUUAAUUAGUGAGGUAAAGAAGGUUAAUUUGUGAGGUAAAGAAGGUUAAUUAGUGAGGUAAAGAAAAUUAAUUAGUGAAGUAAAGAAGGUUAAUUUGUGAGGUAAAGAAGGUUAAUUUGUGAGGUAAAGAAGGUUAAUUUGUGAGGUAAAGAAGGUUAAUUUGUGAAGUAAAGGUUAAUUUGUGGUUAAUGAAGGAUAGUGAGGAAAAGAAGGUUAAUUAGUGAUUAAUGAAGGUUAAUUAGAGAGGUAAAGAAGGUUAAUGAGUGAGGUAAAUAAUGUUAAUUAGUGAGGUAAAGAAGGUUUAUUAGUGAGGUAGUUAGGUUCAUUUAAAUAGACUGAAGGGCAGAUUGUUACACUGGAUAUUGUCAGUUACACCUCAGAAGGGUUAUGACGUAAUGGUAGUUACACCUCAGAAGGGUUUUGACGUAAUGACAGUUACACCUCAGAAGGGUUAUGAUGUAAUGGUAGUUACACUUCAGAAGAGUUAUGACGAAAUGACAGUUACACCUCAGAAGGGUUAUGACGUAAUGGUAGUUACACUUCAGAAGGGUUUUGACGUAAUGACAGUUACACCUCAGAAGGGUUAUGAUGUAAUGGUAGUUACACUUCAGAAGGGUUACGACGUAAUGGUAGUUACACCUCAGAAGGGUUAUGAGGUAAUGGCAGUUACACUUCAGAAGAGUUAUGACGUAAUGACAGUUACACCUCAGAAAGGUUAUGAUGUAAUGGUAGUUACACUUCAGAAGGGUUUUGACGUAAUGACAGUUACACCUCAGAAGGGUUAUGAUGUAAUGGUAGUUACACCUCAGAAGGGUUAUGACGUAAUGGUAGUUACACAUCAGAAGGGUUAUGACGUAAUGGUAGUUACACUUCAGAAGAGUUAUGACGUAAUGACAGUUACACCUCAGAAGGGCUAUGACGUAAUGACAGUUACACCUUAGAAGGGCUAUGACGUAAUGGUGGUUACACUUCAAAAGGGUUAUGACGUAAUGGUAGUUACACUUCAGAAGGGUUUUGACGUAAUGACAGUUACACCUCAGAAGGGUUAUGACGUAAUGGUAGUUACACUUCAGAAGGGUUUUGACGUAAUGACAGUUACACCUCAGAAGGGUGAUGAUGUAAUGGUAGUUACACCUCAGAAGGGUUAUGACGUAAUGGUGGUUACACCUCAGAAGGGUUAUGACGUAAUGGUAGUUACACCUCAGAAGGGUUAUGACGUAAUGGUAGUUACACUUCAGAAGGGUUUUGACGUAAUGACAGUUACACCUCAGAAGGGUUAUGACGUAAUGGUAGUUACACCUCAGAAGGGUUAUGACGUAAUGGUAGUUACACCUCAGAAGGGUUAUGACGUAAUGGUAGUUACACUUCAGAAGAGUUAUGACGUAAUGACAGUUACACCUCAGAAGGGCUAUGACGUAUUGACAGUUACACCUUAGAAGGGCUAUGACGUAAUGGUGGUUACACUUCAGAAGGGUUAUGACGUAAUGGUAGUUACACUUCAGAAGGGUUUUGACGUAAUGGUGGUUACACUUCAGAAGGGUUAUGACGUCAUGAUGGUUACACCUCAGAAGGGUUAUGACGUAAUGACAGUUACACCUCAGAAGGGUUAUGACGUAAUGGUGGAUACACCUCAGAAGGGUUAUGACGUAAUGGUAGUUACACCUCAUAAGGAUUAUGACGUAAUGGUAGUUACACCUCAGAAGGGUUGUGACGUAAUGACAGUUACACCUCAGAAGGGUUAUGACGUAAUAACAGUUACACCUUAGAAGGGCUAUGACGAAAUGGUGGUUACACUUCAGAAGGGUUAUAACGUAAUGGUGGUUACACUUCAGAAGGGUUAUGACGUAAUGGUAAUUACACUUCAGAAGGGUUAUGACGUAAUGACAGUUACACCUCAGAAGGGUUAUGACGUAAUGGUAGUUACACCUCAGAAGAGUUAUGACGUAAUGGUAGUUACACUUCAGAAGGGUUUUGACGUAAUGACAGUUACACCUCAGAAGGGUUAUGACGUAAUAACAGUUACACCUUAGAAGGGCUAUGACGAAAUGGUGGUUACACUUCAGAAGGGUUAUAACGUAAUGGUGGUUACACUUCAGAAGGGUUAUGACGUAAUGGUAGUUACACUUCAGAAGAGUUAUGACGUAAUGACAGUUACACCUCAGAAGGGUUAUGACGUAAUGGUAGUUACACCUCAGAAGAGUUAUGACGUAAUGGUAGUUACACUUCAGAAGGGUUUUGACGUAAUGGUAGUUACACCUCAGAAGGGUUAUGACGUAAUGACAGUUACACCUCAGAAGGGUUAUGACGUAAUGGUGGUUACACCUCAGAAGGGUUAUGACGUAAUGGUAGUUACACCUCAGAAGGGUUAUGACGUAAUGGUAGUUACACCUCAGAAGGGUUAUGACGUAAUGGCAAUUACACCUCAGAAGGGUUAUGACGGAAUGGUAGUUACACCUCAGAAGGGUUAUGACGUAAUGGUAGUUACACCUCAGAAGGGUUAUGACGUAAUGACAGUUACACCUCAGAAGGGUUAUGACGGAAUGGUAGUUACACCUCAGAAGGGUUAUGACGGAAUGGUAGUUACACCUCAGAAGGGUUAUGACGGAAUGGUAGUUACACCUCAGAAGGGUUAUGAGGUAUUGUCAGUUACACCUCAGAAGGGUUAUGACGUAAUGGAUAGUUACACCUCAGAAGGGUUAUGAGGUAUUGUCAGUUACACCUCAGAAGAGUUACGACGCAAUGACAGUUUCACCUUAGAAAGGUUAUGAUGUAAUGGUAGUUACACCUCAGAAGAGUUACGACGUAAUGACAGUUACACCUUAGAAGGGUUAUGACGUAAUGGUAGUUACACCUCAGAAGAGUUACGACGUAAUGACAGUUACACCUUAGAAGGGUUAUGACGUAAUGGCCGUUACACCUUAGAAGGGUUAUGACAUAAUGGUAGUUACACUUCAGAAGGGUUUUGACGUAAUGACAGUUACACCUUAGAAGGGUUAUGACGUAAUGGUAGUUACACUUCAGAAGGGUUUUGACGUAAUGACAGUUACACCUUAGAAGGGUUAUGACGUAAUGGUAGUUACACUUUAGAAGGGUUAUGACGUAAUGGUAGUUACACUUCAGAAGGGCUAUGACGUAAUGGUAGUUACACCCCCAGAAGAGUUAUGACGUAAUGGUAGCUACACUUCAGAAGGGUUAUGACGUCAUGGUAGUUACACCUCAGAAGAGUUGUGACGAAAUGGUAGUUACAUCUCAGAAGAGUUAUGACGUAAUGGUAGUUACACUUCAGAAGGGUUAUGACGUAAUGGUAGUUACACCUCAGAAGAGUUAUGACGUAAUGGUAGUUACACCUCAGAAGAGUUAUGACGUAAUGGUAGUUGCACCUCAGAAGAGUUAUGACGUAAUGGUAGUUACACCUCAGAAGAGUUAUGACGUAAUGGUAGUUACACUUCAGAAGGGUUAUGACGUAAUGGUAGUUACACUUCAGAAGGGUUUUGACGUAAUGACAGUUACACCUUAGAAGGGUUAUGACGUAAUGGUAGUUACACUUUAGAAGGGUUAUGACGUAAUGGUAGUUACACUUCAGAAGGGCUAUGACGUAAUGGUAGUUACACCCCAGAAGAGUUAUGACGUAAUGGUAGCUACACUUCAGAAGGGUUAUGACGUCAUGGUAGUUACACCUCAGAAGAGUUAUGACGUAAUGGUAGUUACACCUCAGAAGAGUUAUGACUUAAUGGUAGUUACACCUCAGAAGGGUUAUGACGUAAUGGUAGUUACACCUCCGAAGGGUAAUGACAUUAUAAUGGCUAUGACGUCAUGAGUUAUACAAUGGCUAUGGCGGUACAAAAAAUAAAAACAAGACUCAAGUGAGAGCCAUAUCGAGCCAGCAACACACAAGAAAGAACAGCACUACGACACCGGUAAGGGCGCGCUCCCGGCUAGUAAAAGUACAAAAUAAGAGGGGAGUAACGAGCAUAGCUGAUUGUUAUGAUGGACGAGGGGUUGUAACGACCAACCUGGCAACUCGCACACACACAUUUAUACACAUAUAUACACACACACACACACACAUACACAAACUUAACAACAGAGCUGAAACACUUAAUAUUACUUAUGAUCACUAACUCACGUGUCUUUGUAAAUUAUAAAUAUAAGACGUCCAUUAUGUCUAUGUAGUUCAUUAUUUUCCACUAGAAACUUUUCAAGAUGAUUGUUUACAUGAAGAACCUUCGAGGACGAUGGUUCAGAAGCCAUAAUCCUCAAGGGGUUAAACCAUCGUCCUUAAAGGGUUAAUUGCUAAUAUUUUAAACAUUUACCUUCACUUUAAACAAUUAUUCUUACGAUAUUAUUAACAUGUUCCUGUAUUCCUCUCCUAUCUUUUUUUUACUCUAUCAUACUGUACAUGUUUAUCAACCUUACCUAUAUCCUCAAGCAACGACUAUACAAACACAUUAAGACAUCUUCUAUGAGAUAAGCAGAGUGGCAGUGUGUGUGUGUGUGUAUACAGGAGAAGCACACGGCCACUCUGCUGAUCAUAUACUUUUAAGCUUUACUGUACGUAGAUAUGUUGACAGAGAGAGAGGGAGUGUGUGAAUCGACUAACGCCACUUGCCGUUUCCAGGAAUUCAGGUAUACAAAGAGCGGAUUUCAUAUACUGUACUUUUUUCUCCUCUUUACCAACAGUAAUCUUUAUGAUGUUUUGAUGCCGUGGGAAUGAUGAAUACAUUCUUGGUUUUAUUUAGUUUUUUAGUUUUAAUUUUUUCUUCAAUGGUGUAUCUUUUGUUUGGCAUUAUCCAGUCUUGGAAUACUGUGUUUUUGUUUUUUGGGGGUUACUCUUAAUUUGUUUUGGAUUUUUGUUUGUGUCUUUAUUUUUACUGCUUUUUUUUCGACUUCGUCUUCUGGACAGAGGUAACAGGUGAAUCAAAUCCCAGUGAUUAAAGUUAAGGAAGAUAGUUACUAAGAUUUAUCCUUUAUUACCACUCACCUAAACAUCUGCAAAGAAAAAAAAAAUAAAAAAUAAAA